AGAGAAAAAAAAAGGAAAAAAUCCAAUUAAAAAACAAACCAAAAGGAAAAAAAGAAACAAAAAUCUCCCUCGUCUUUUGCAGAACCUCACCGCCACCGUCGCCGUCGUUGCCGCCGUCGACUACAGCACUGCGUCUGCGACGCUUGAGACUCGACCCCAAGGCUGAUCUAUCAAGCCUACCCCAUGACAUCAAAAACAUUGAGGAGAAGGCUCCAUCAUGGAGAUGUUGAUGGAAAAAGACAUGAGCAUUUAGAGACAUCGGGUUUGGAUGGUUUAAAUGAACCUUUACUAGGCAAUUAUGAAUAUGAUGAUAAAGAUUCAGAGGGGCCUGUGCUUAAAGACCUCUGGGAUGAUGAACGAAGGAAGGAGCACCAACACUGGACGAUAUUAUUUUCCCAUUUGAUUGCAGAAUGGGCACAAUGGUUAGCUAAUGUUGUUAUAGGUUCUGGAACGCUCCUUAAACGUCUUUUGCCCUUUGAUUCUACAACACAAAAUGGUCAAAGCAAGAAGAUAUUGCCACCUUCACUAAAUCCUUUACAGGAGGAAAGACUCAGAAAUAUGCAGCAAAGACUGGAAGUUCCUUUUGAUGGUUCUUGCGUGGAGCAUCAGGAUGCACUUAGAGAACUCUGGAGCUUAGCUUAUCCUGGUAGGGAGCUCCCCUCUCUUAAGUCAGAGCUCUGGAAGGAGAUGGGUUGGCAAGGUACUGAUCCUUCGACAGAUUUUAGGGGUGGCGGAUUUAUAUCAUUGGAGAAUCUUAUCUUUUUUGCCAAGAAGUAUCCGGAUACAUUCCAGAGGUUGUUACACAAACUUGAUGGAAACAGGGCCGAUUGGGAGUAUCCCUUUGCUGUAGCUGGCAUCAAUAUUUCUUUUAUGUUGAUACAAAUGUUAGAUCUUCAAUCAGGAAAGCCAACUUCUCAGGCGGCAGUCCGGUUUUUACAGCUACUUGGCGAAGAUGAAAUGGCAUUUGACAACCUCUUCUGUGUUGCCUUUCAAAUGAUGGAUGCUCAGUGGCUUGCAAAGCACGCUUCGUAUAUGGAAUUUAAUGAUGUUCUAAAGUCUACCAGAACACAACUAGAGCGGGAGCUUGAGCUUGAAGAUGUCUUCAGUGUGAGAGAUUUACCAGCAUACAACAUGUUGAGAAGAUAGUCCGAUUUGGGUUCGUUUAGUUCAUCACUCCUAUGCAAUUUCAUUUUUGAACUCUCUAAUCGUCAUUACAGAAACUAAUCCACCUACCAAAUCUUUGGUACCAAAACUGAAAUUUGUGUUUACAGUUGGAAUGAAAUGUGGUUGAGUCCACCAUUCAACAAUAAAGUGGUUCAGAACUAAUUGAUAAA